GAGAGAGAGAGAGAGUUGGGGAAGAGGAUGAAGACGCGCAGAGUAACAGUGUUAAUGUGUUAGAAAAGAAGAUGAUGAAGAUGAUGAGGAGCCCAACAUCAGCUACUCAACACUGCACACUGUGGAGCUGCUCACCUUCUGCAGGUAAGAGGAAGCUGUGGUGAGUUAUUAUGCACUGAGGGUUCGAACAUGCACACGGGAAAAUCAGAAGUGCGCAUCCAUUCGAAGUGCGCAGCGCUCUUGGGAAUGCUCGGUCACCAACACGGGUUUACUGACUUUGCUGAUCUCACGGAUCUGUGCUGGAAACAGGACGAGCGUGUGGAGUGCGUACAGGACGUACAGGGCGCUGACCUCCUGCUCCGUCCAAAAACGGUGGUGGGCCAGGAGAAGGCACAUCUGAAUAAGUCUCACACGUCAAGCUUCUGCAUGGCUCCAGGACAAGGGCAAGGACAAGGAAAUGUUGGUCGUGCCUCAUUCUGCUCCGAGAAGGAUGGAGGGGGCGAGUUAUCAGCGGAGGAGUGCGCUUUACUGCGCUGUGGACUGAACCUUCCGGGUCUUUCUGGCUCUCAGUACAACCAGAGAACACACUGUGAACCGGACUCCAGGUCUUCAUCUUUUCAGCAAGAUCUAGGCUACACCGUCAAGCAGGAGGAAUCGCUCGCUUUCAAGCCGUCAUCAGAUUCGUCCAAAUUCUCGCCAGAGGCGGAUGCCGUGGUGUCCUCGGCCCUAUCGGUGCCAUCCGCGCCAUACGUGUUUAAUAAUGAACAUGGCUCCUCCCCUUCAUCUGGUGUGUCUCGUCACUCGGCGCUACCGCUGAACUCUGGCGCUUUGAAGCGACACUGUCUGUCUGGCAGGAUCAACGCCGCUGCCCGGAUGUCAUCGUGCACCAACGGUGUUCCUGAGCGCCUGAACCCGUCUCCUCCCACCUGCCUCCUGUCUUCCUCUUCGUCCUCCUCGACGUCGUCGGUGUCAUCAUCACUUUGUGAGGAUCCCGCGCCCAUGCAGACGCCGGCACCUGAAAACCUGAACCUGCUCCUGCAGCCACAGCGGACAUUUCUGAAACAGGAGCCUCUGGAUGACUUUUCACACUCCGAGGACGAUCUGUUUCAGCACCAGUACCACCACCACCACCACCACCACCAGCAACAGCUGUCCUGCCCACCUCGGACCCCCAUGCCCCCUCCGUACCACCUGCACCAGUACGGCUCCGGGAAUGAUGCUCAGCUCCACCUCCAGAACCAGCAGGAGCCGUUAGGCGCAGUGCGAGGACGAGGGGACGACGGUGGCGGCAUUGUGUUUGUGGACAAGCAGACGUGCCGUUGGAUUGACUGCAGUGCGGCAUAUGAACAGCAGGAGGAGCUGGUGAGGCACAUUGAGAAGGUCCACAUUGACCAGAGGAAGGGCGAGGACUUCACCUGCUUCUGGGCCGGCUGCAUCCGACGCUACAAACCCUUCAACGCCCGCUACAAACUGCUCAUCCACAUGAGGGUGCACUCUGGAGAGAAACCCAACAAGUGCAUGUUUGAGGGCUGUAAUAAAGCAUUCUCUCGCUUGGAGAACCUGAAGAUCCACUUGCGCAGUCACACAGGUGAGAAGCCGUACCUGUGUCAGCACCCUGGCUGUCAGAAAGCCUUCAGCAACUCCAGCGACCGAGCCAAGCACCAGCGCACACACCUCGACACCAAGCCGUACGCGUGUCAGAUCCCCGGCUGCACGAAGCGCUACACGGAUCCCAGCUCCCUGCGCAAACACGUCAAAAUCCACUCGGCAAAAGAGCAGCAGGUGCGUAGGAAGCUGAGGACGUGUCCCCAUUUGGAACCAGACGCUCUGAGCGAAUGCCUGCAUCUACAUGGCCCCACCCCCUCACAGCACUGCCCCACCUCUUCUCAGCAUUGCCACGCCCCGUCCCAGCACCCUGUUAACGGGAAGGACGGACGCUCUCCUGCACUGGGACAGGAUAUAUUUACAGGCUUGUUCUCUGGCUCCAGUGCUGAUCUGCUCUCUGCCCCGCCUCACCUUCCCCCACGACCACCCCGCCUAGACCGCGAUGACAUCAUCAAUGCCCAGAAUCCUCCACAGCUGCCUUCAGCAGCCCGAGAUGGGUUAUCUGGGCCGUUGCUGUCUCCAGGAAUCAGUCCACUGAAGGCUCCGUCUCCAUCCACACUGGUGGAGAAACAGCAGAAUUUAUCAUCCGCACAGCAGCACCACAAAUCCUACUCCACCUUCCACAACCUCACUGAAGAUUAUCGAGGAAAUUUCCAGAGCUGCUUCCACUUCGGGGAGAAUUAUAGAGCAGAGCAGAACAUCAACACUAACAUCCCGGCAGAUCCUCACAACUUCAACACACACAACGGCAUACAUACCAGCUGCUCCAAUACAGGGUUCAGUUUGGUACCGGAUCUCGGGGGUUCUGUGUCUCAGUUCAGUCUCAGUGCGGAGGACAGCGUCUUCUUCCAGCUGGGAGCCUUCGAGCGCAGCCUGAAUCAAAUGUCCUCAGUGUACACUGAGACGUAGAGCAUCACUCCAUCAAUAUAUCACUCCAUCAUUCCCAGACUCCGUUACUAUAUCACUGUUACUAUAUUACUGUACUCCAUCACUCUUUCAGUCUAUCAGUCUGUCAUUCUAUCACUUCAUCAGCCUAUCUACACCAUCACUGUUCUGCUAUAACUCCAUCACUUCUUUACUCCAGCAGUCAUUCUAUCACGGUUCUAUCACUCUGUCAGUGUUCCUCUGUUACUCCAUCACCCUAACACUCCAUCACUCUAACACUGUCACUGUUACUCCAUCACCCUAACACUCUAUCACUCCAUCACUGUUACUCCAUCACCUUAACACUAUCACUCCAUCACUGUUACUCCAUCAUUCUAACACUGUCACUGUUACUCCAUCACCCUAUCACUCCACCACUGUUACUCCAUCACUCUAUCACUCCAUCACCCUAACACUGUCACUGUUACUCCACCACUGUUACUCCAUCGCCUUAACACCCUACCACUCCAUCACUGUUACUCCAUCACUCUAACACUUUCACUGUUACUCCAUCACCCUAUCACUCCACCACUGUUACUCCAUCACUCUAUCACUCCAUCACCCUAACACUGUCACUGUUACUCCACCACUGUUACUCCAUCACCCUAACACUCCACCACUGUUACUCCAUCACCCUAACACUCCACCACUGUUACUCCAUCACCCUAACACUCCACCACUGUUACUCCAUCACCCUAACACUCCACCACUGUUACUCCAUCACCCUAACACUCCACCACUGUUACUCCAUCACCCUAACACUCCACCACUGUUACUCCAUCACCCUAACACUCCACCACUGUUACUCCAUCACCCUAACACUCCACCACUGUUACUCCAUCACUCUAACACUCCACCACUGUUACUCCAUCACCCUAACACUCCACCACUGUUACUCCAUCACUCUAACACUGUCACUGUUACUCCACCACUGCUCCUCCAUCACCCUAACACUCCAUCACUGUUACUCCAUCACUCUAACACUGUCACUGUUACUCCAUCACCCUAACACUCCACCACUGUUACUCCAUCACCCUAACACUCCACCACUGUUACUCCAUCACCCUAACACUCCACCACUGUUACUCCAUCACUCUAACACUGUCACUGUUACUCCACCACUGUUACUCCAUCACCCUAACACUCCACCACUGCUACUCCAUCACCCUAACACUCCAUCACUGUUACUCCAUCACUCUAACACUGUCACUGUUACUCCAUCACCCUAACACUCCAUCACUGUUACUCCAUCACUCUAACACUGUCACUGUUACUCCAUCACCCUAACACUCCAUCACUGUUACUUAAAGAGUCCAUCACUGUUCAUUCAUCACUCCAUUGCUUCUGUUCUAUCUCUUCAUCAUGUCUUCACUGUUCUUUCUUGUAUCAUUCAUCCCCACACCCCCUCCCCCCUUUUGUCCACAUUAACAGUAUAAA